GACUGGUAUCACGCGCGGGUCAAACUUUUCGUAACUUAGUCUUCGUAGAUAAAAAGACACAAGCUCCGCCGCUUUCUUCAGAAUAAAUUACUUCAGUUCGGACAAGCAGCAUGAGAACAACAAUACUAUCUCUUCUUUUCAUAUCCUUGUUUGGCUAUAUUCGUGCCGGACCAACAUGCAUACGAUGCACCGAUGCCGCGGAAAUUGCAGAAUGCAUUACAAACACAGCUGAAUGUGGAGAUAAUGAGCAAUGCUAUCUAGAGAAGGUAACAAAAGAAGAUCUCAGCAUUAGAUAUAACGCCGGAUGUCGAUCCACUGCGGUCUGUCAAAUAAUGGCUUCAUUAAAUACUGGAAGGAAGAAGAGAGACUUAGUGAACUGUGCCGAUUGUUGUGCUGAUGCUCCGAAUGAGAAUGGUCCUUGCAAUGCUGCACUUUGUGGACUUAAGCCCAAUCCUCUUCAGGCCACUUGCGUCGUCUGUGAUGGUAUCCACUCUGACGUAAGGUCCUGUACCCAAGCUGCUACCUGUCCACCAAAUGAGGCUUGCUUUACUGGAAUUCGUAUUGUCGGUACAGCUAUUAGAUAUGUAUUUGGUUGCUACGAAGAGCGUGUCUGUAAAGCUAUGCUUGAUAAUGACAAAUCGAACUCGACCAUUAACAGACAAGGAAGAGUUAUCCACGGAGACCAGGGAAUACGCAUCUGUGAUGCUUGUUGUAAAGGAGAUAGAUGCAAUGCCGCUGACUGUUUUGAUCUUAAAAAGAAAAUGGCAGCGACAUUCUCUCCCACUACACCAGGAGCAGUUGUAACCACAGCACUUCCACCUCCUGCAACGACAUAAUUUUGUACGAAGGCGGGUUUUAACUGCUAUAUGACAGCUGGGGAUUUUAGCAAUGGUUCUACAACCCCUGUCCCGACAGGAAAUCCUUGAAUUUAAGUUCAAAAAGUAUAAAUUGUUUUGCGUUUUGUACAUUUCUGUGAAGAUAAAAUAAACAUGUUAAUAAAAUA